CUCAGUUAUGGAUGGACUACCUUAAAGUGGCAUGGUCCCGAUUUUGAUUCAUUUUUCACCUUUUAUUAUUUGCAAUGCUUAAGGAGUGCAUUUCUGAUGAUCGAAUGAAAUUUGAGUAUCAGUCGUAGAAUUAUAAGCAAGAUACAUCGCUCACAGUUCUUUGUCAUGGAAAUAAGGCUCGUGUCCUGCUUCUGUUUAUAUUGGUUUAAUAUGCAAGUUAAAGAUCCUUUUCAAGCUGAUUUAACAGUUCAUAACGUUUAAAACAUUUAUUAUAGGUUGUAAAAUAAAUAUUUUGCUUGCAAUCUGUUUCUAUGCAAGAUAUAUGUUUACUUAAAUAUUUACAACUGGCAUAGCACGUUAAUUUAUUAAUCUUGUAUUUAUAGCACAACUAAAACGUUAAAGGUAUCUGGACAAAUAAAAAGGUUUGAAGCCCGUAGAAAAUAAAAUACCUAAGUUGUUCAGAUAUCAAGCUUUGGCUUUUUGCCAAAAACAAGAGAAAAGAGAGCUGAUCAGUCAAAAAAGCUUUGUCGUUUUGUGAUCAACAAGGAACAUUAUUUUGUAAAAGUUAAAUGCACCUGAUCAGUUCGAUGACUGAGAAACGGAUGUUUGAUUUGGAGACCAUGGGCACAACAAGUACACCUUGCAGAGUACAUCAGUGUUCAAUGUGUCAGGGAGACACGGAGUACUUUUGUGUAUCGUGUCCAUGUGAUCUGUGUCCCCAGUGUAAAGAAAACCAUGUAAAAGAUCUCAAUACCAUAGACCAUGAUGUUGUGACAUACAGUGAGAAAUUAAACUCUAAUAAAAAAGAAGAGUGUUGUGUGAGACAUCCUUGCAUGCUUAUAGGAAUGUACUGUGAACCUUGUGAACUUCCUGUCUGUUUCAAUUGCACACAACAUAAAGGACACAGGUUACUAGAUAUAAGAAAAGAAUAUAGAACAAUGCAACAGCAACACGAAGGAACCUUUUACACCAUCAGAAGCGACGCUCUCUUUUACAGACCUGUUCUCCUGACAAAAAUCAAAGCUGAAUUCAAAACUUGUUACACAGAACUCUCAAUUUUUCAAUCACAGAUGAUAACAAAGGCUCAAAAACUGAAAAAUCUUUUGGACGAUGUGAAAUAUGAUUUCAUGUACAAUGUGUUUUGUGACUUUGAUGUCAAGCACAGAUGUUUGAAACAGAAGAUUAAAAUGAUUACACAGAUUGGCAACCAGCAGAGAUAUGUACACACAUAUGAACAGUCAUCAGUCAUCCCGAUACAAUUUCUCUCAUCCAUAAAGACAACCCACCUCCGCCAGAUGCGUCUUACACUCCACACCAGCAAUCUCUCAAUGACUGAGUCCUUUAAUAAGGAGGAUGUGAUGGAGUCACUCAGUGCAAUCGAAAUCGCAGAGAGAGGAAACCGACGCGUGGAAAACAAGAGUCUGCUGAAACUGUUGCCUGCUCCUGAGUUCUGUAUGUCGCUUACGAUGACAGAUGUUGAUCUUUGUUAUCACAUUUCCCGUGUGACAUCAGACCAGGUCUGGGCUAGUGAUGCUGAUGGCAAUCUCUUCUUGAUAAACACAGCAGGUGAUACUCUAUAUUUUAUUAAUGCGUGCACUUAUUUAUAUGGAUUUCACACAUUGAACAAUGAUAAUGAACUGAUUUACACGGAUAAAAAUAAUACUAUUUACAAAUUGUCAAAGGAAAUGAAAACAGCAACAUUUAUAAAGAGAGCAGACUCCAUAUGGAAACCGCAGUGUGUGUACUGCUCCCCGCGCACUUCAGAUCUAAUGGUCGGGAUGUAUAGAGAGACAAGAGGGUCUACAGAAUAUAUCUCGAUUACCCCGAAUACACAUGCAUAUUUUAUACUGCAAACACCGUUUACACCGUAUAAAAUAGGCAAGGUAACCCGGUACAACCAGAGCGGCCAACUUACUCAAAACAUACAACACGACAACACAGGACGGGGGCUGUAUAGACAUCCUAACUUCAUAACAGAGAACAACAAUGGGGAUGUCGUGGUGUCUGACUCUUGUGCUGUAAUAGUGACAAAUCGUGAAGGAGUGCAUCGUUUCUUCUACCGGGGACAUCCAUCAGGAUCAGGACUAGAUCCAUGGGGAAUUUGCACUGACGCACUGGCACACAUAUUGGUAUGUGAUUCCGGAUCCUGUACAGUCCAGAUGAUAGAUAAGGACGGUCAGUUUCUGUCACAUUUACUGAUAAGACCAUCAGGGUUAUUCUGCCCACUCAGCCUAAGUUAUGAUGUCAAAACUCACCGUCUCUGGGUAGCGGCAAGAAAUAAGGUGGUCGUAUAUAGGUAUAUAGACAGACAACACGCCCGGACAGAUCUGAAUCCAGCCACUGCUGAUGUGAUGGAGUCACUGAGUGAAAUCCCAAACAUAGGGACAGAAAAACCACAGCAAGGAAACCAGUGUCUGCUGAAACUGAUGUCUCCCCCCGAGUUACUUCACUCUCUCACAGUAACAGGUGCUGAUCGUUGUUAUCACAUUUCCUGUGUGACAUCAGACCGGUUCUGGGUCAGUGAUAAUAGAGACAAUCUCAUACUGACAAAUACAAGAGGUGACACUUUACAUAAUCUGAAUGAUUUAUAUAGUAGUUUACGUAGAGAUGCAAACAGAGAAGUAUCAGUUGGAUUACACACAGAGAGAGGUGUUGAUCGAAGUCAUCACCUUUCCGGUAUGACAUCGCGCCGGGUCAGGGUCGAUGAUAAUAAAGACAAUCUCACACUGACAAAUACAAGAGAUGACAGUUUACUAUAUAUGAAUGAUUUAUGUAGUAGUUUACAUAGUGAGUCAUACCGUAAACUAUUAGUUGGAAUACUCACAGUGAACAGUGAAAGUGAACUGAUUUACAUUGAUAGGAAUCAUAACAUCAACAAACUGUCAAAGGAUAUGAAAACCACCUGCACAUUUAUAGAGAAAACAGACGCUACAUGGAGUCCACGGUGUGUGUACUGUUCCCCGUCCACUGGGGAUCUACUGGUCGGGAUGUAUAGAGAGUCUAUAGGGCCAAGCAAGUUAACUCGGCACAAUCAGAAUGGACAACUCACGCAAACCAUAAAACACGACAACAUGGGACUUGAUCUGUAUAGUAAAACUGACUUUAUAACAGAAAACAACAAUGGGGAUAUCGUGGUGUCUGACGAGAGUGCUGUAGUGGUGACAGAACGUGGAGGAAGACAUCGUUUCUCCUACACGGGACACCCAUCAGGAUCAGGACUAUGGCCACAUGGAAUCUGCACUGACCCGAUGUCACACAUCCUGGUGUGUGAUGAUAGAACUAAUACAAUACAGUUGUUGGACAAGGACGGUCAGUUCCUGUCUCAUCUACUGAAAGAAUCAAAAAUAUUAGAAAGUCCACAAAGUCUGAGUUAUGAUGUCAACACUCACAGCCUCUGGGUCGGAUCAGAGAAAGAUAACAAGGUGUGUGUCUACAGGUAUAUAGACCAGCAUGGCCAUAUAAAAGAUGAAGACACAUACCGUCACGAUAUGUGUGCCAUUUCCAACUGAACACCAGCCGGAGAAUGGUAAAAGCUUGGAUAUUGACAGGUUGUAAAUAUUUCUGAACAAAUUUAUUCCGCUCUUAAACCAUACAUGAAUUAUUUUUAUAAAAUUAAUUAAUAAGUUCAGCUUUUUAGUGAAAUGUCUAUUAUCGUGAUCAGUUUCUUGUAGAUAUUGUGUCACCAAUGCUGUUCACAAAGGAAAAAACGUUUACCAUUAUGGUACCAAUAUUCUUGGAUGUUCAAGAAAUUCUCAACAAAAAAUGAACUUUUAAAGCAUUCUAAAUACAUUGGUUUACUUUUUAACUGUAUUCUUUAUGCUAGUUUUGAUUUUUUAUGCAGCUUAAAUCGGAUGUUUUUUUUAUUUAUACACAGUUAUAUAUUAGAGCUUCUAUGCCUUUUUUAACUCUCUAAGUAGCACGCUUAAACAUUUAUUCAUUAUAUAUAUAGUUAUGUAUUUAAUUAUCCAUUAGUACUUUUUUAAAUUACUGUUCAUUUCAAAUGGUCUGGAUCAUGAAAACUUCAUUUAUAUGUUUGUAAGUCUGUGAGUAUGGUUGUGUGUUUGUGUUUAUGUUUGUAUGAAUGAAUAUGUUAACCACCAGUUUGUCUUACAAGUUAUAUAUGAUAAAAUCUUAGAAAUAAUUUAUUAUUAAAAAUCUGAAAUGUU